AUGGAUCAGCCGUACGGUCCGAUCCCAAUCGAGUGUCUUUUUGUACCGAAAAAGCUGUACUCGAGAUAUAUGGUGACGCAUGCCGUAAAGCGUCGUAUUACGAGCAGUGCACUGAGUUCCUCUGCGGUCAAGGGUCUCGAGGAGCUGAUUCUCCAGAACGUCCGGUGGUCCAUCCAGGCCAGUUCCGCUGAUCGCCACAUUCUGGAUCUGAUGUCUUUGGGAACCAGCGGCAUCAAUCUCACGGGCCAUAUGCCAACCAUUCUAAAAUCGAGACUAGAUCAGAUUUGCUUCCCUUCGUUAGUCAAAGGUGUGCAGGAACUCUUCGACUUAUCCGCAGCCCAGUCUAUGUGGCGUGUCGCACAAGAUCCCUCCACGCUGCCAAACAGAGAUCUCUUCUCCGCCUUGCUUGACGCCCGGGACCCGGAGACUGGUAUCCUUAUUGUUACAGGUUCAGACACUACCGCCACUACCAUAACCGCCACUUUGUUUUAUCUACUGCAUAACAAGCAACAAUACGCUCGUGUUCAACCCGAAGUAGACAAUGCAUUCAGCGGGAUCAGCACUACAGACGUGGAAGCCAUUCGAAUUAGCCCUGCACUUAACAGCUGCUCCUUUCUCUUCGCCUGCAUCAAUGAAUCCAUGCGACUUUCACCACCACUCGGUGGAAUUUUGCCUCGUGAAGUACUGGCGGGAGGCUUAGAGGUUGAUGGGGGCCGCUACUAUGUACCCGCAGGCACAGAUGUGGGUGUGCCCACCUACGCACUCCACCACACAGCCGAAUACUGGCCCGAGCCCUAUGAGUUCCGCCCAGAGCGCUGA